AUGGGAAGGAAAUCAGCCAAGGCUUCAGCUAAGAAAGGAAAGGAGAAGACUCAAGCAAGGGAGUCCACUCAAUUGAAGGAGACCUCCAUCACUGAAACUAACCCUGCUCCGACUUCAUCGAGCAAUUCACCUCCUACCACCACAAAGAACCCAUCACCACCUCCGUCUCCAUCUUCUAAAUCUCCCUCACCUCCACCUCCCAAAAAUGCACCUUUACCCAAAACCCCUGAGGCUGAUGAUUCCAUCAUCAAAGAACCUGCCUCAUCUCAGGGAGACCAGCCCAAAAGCGCUGAAGAAUUCUUCAAUACUGUUGGAGAAAGGGAAGAGGAGGAAGUUAGAAGUGAAAAGGAGGAUCUACAGAUUAUUGGGCAGAAAAAGGGGACUUCAAACCCUUGGUUCGCAGCAGAGUGA